CCAAAGUCGACGACCAGCGAUGGCAAAGAAGCAUUAUUCAAGCCAGAAAGCUUUGCAAGAUCCCAGCAGAGACCUAAAAUCAGGAUCAAUGUCGAAAUGAGCGCCGUUGAGGCAGUCGGUGACCAUUCGAGGGUCAGCAAUUCAAUUCCAACGCUUGAGGAAAACCUUGACGUUCGACGCCAAUAUAGCGCCGAUGCUACAUUGUUGCUCGUGGGAUGCUUUGGUGCCGGGAAAAAGACCCUUGGAAUUAUUGCUUCGGUUGCUUUGCGACGCCGUUUUAUUGACUUUGAUUCCUUCUUCAAGCAAGAGGUUCAAUCGUCCCCCCAAGAAUUUAUUACUCGCAACGGCUUGGCUCGUUAUCGAGACAUCGAACUAGAAAUUUCUCGGAAUCUUCUGACAAAUUACGAGAAGGGAUGUGUCAUUGUCGGGCUGGGAGGGACUGCUAGCUCUUCGCAGCGAGUGUUGCUGACUGAAUUUUCUCGACAACAUCCAGUUGUCUAUGUCAGAAGAGACGAAAGAGACUUGCAGCAGCUGGCAGGCACCUCUCCUGAGAAGUUCACUCGUAUAUUCGAUGUUUUCGAUGAAUUUUUCGAGUCAUGUUCCAAUUUUGACUUCUUCAAUCAUUCGCAGGGUCAGUCUGAGAACCCGGCCUUGCCAACUUACCUUAAGCUCAAGGAGACCGAAAGAGUGUUUGUGGCAUUCUUACAUCGUCUAUUUGGCAAGAUCCAGCGUCCGAUAUUUUCUUUCGAUCCAAGCCCUGCAUCACAUACGUACUCUUUACAAGUACCCCUUGCGUGGUUAGAUGAACCGAACCAAGACUUCGAAUCGCUGGAGGCUGGUGUUGAUGCUAUCACCCUGCUUAUCAAAUCUAAUGAUCUUGAAUCAAGAAGACCUCUGGAUAAACUUGCACGCCACAUCUCGAAAUUGAGGACAUAUUCAAGAGUCCCCAUAAUAGCUGAUGUGACAGCAUUAGCUUUUGAACCGAAAUAUCUUGAUUAUUCAAAGAUCUUACUAAAUAUACCUCGACUUGCACCUGAUGCACUCGCAUGUUCCCACGAAUGUGGUCUCGAGUUCAUGUCAAAACUCAAUUAUGAGAAGGGACAUACGAAGAUCAUAGGCACAUUUCAUGAGGCCUCACAUGUUGGUUCUAAGCAAAGGUCUCUUGGAACUUCAGCGCUCCUUCAAUUGGCUGAGAAGUUCAAAUAUGAUGCCAUACGUGUAACUGGAGAAUCAACGUCUGCGAGCGAGAACCUUUCUUGUGUAUCCUUUUCACAAAAGAUGAAAGAAGAAUCAAAAAUCCCAGUGGUCUCCUACAACACUGGUCCUCUGGGCCAUACCUCAGUCUGCUUGAAUCCUACUCUAUCACCAGUAGUGCUUCAGUCCAUGCAAGACUCAGGUAUUACGGUUCGAGAGGCACAACAAGCUCUUUCUGCCUGCUUCCUUCUGCCCAAGAGAGUUUUUACCAUCUUCGGUAAAAGUGUGAAGUACACUCUUUCCCCUGCAAUGCAUAACACGGCAUAUAAGGCAUGUGGACUACCGCAUAUAUAUGAACCGCUUCAAACCGACGACAUAUCAGAUGUUCACAAACUUCUCGACGCAGAAAAUCAAGGUGGAGUCAUUGUUUCUCUCCCCUACAAGUCGGCAAUAAUGUCGUUUCUUGACGAAGUUAGCCCUGAUGCAAAGGACAUAAACGCGGUGAAUACGGUGGUUCUGGACCACAAGUAUCGGUCCGAUGGACAGCGGGUCACUAUUCGAAGGGGCUAUAAUACUGAUUAUAUCGGCAUUCGGGAUUGCAUCGACAAGCAUCUUUCGCCCGCAAAUGCCGUGCGCGAUGGAACAACAGCUCUCAUAAUCGGAGCUGGAGGAAUGGCUCGUGCGGCAGUAUAUGCUUGCUAUGAAUUAGGCGUUCGCCGAAUAUGCAUCUACAAUCGGACAACUGAAAAUGCCCAAAAGCUCCGGGACUACUAUCAUCGCUUGGCGAGGUCAAAGCUCGGCGUGGACCUGCGUCUGGAUAUACUAAAUUCAACAAAUGACCCUUGGCCAUCAGACUGGCGCUCACCCGCCAUUGUGACAUCUUGCAUUCCACCAUACGAAAUCGGAAGUGAGCGCACCAUAGAUUUGAGGAUCCCGGAGCAAUGGCUUACGAGCCGAACUGGUGGAGUGUUUCUCGAGGUGGGUUACGGCCCUUUGCCAACCAAACUCAUGGAACAAAUGCUGGCGCGUGCAUCUAAAGGGUGGGUUGUGGUGGAUGGGCUUAAAGUUCUAAUUGAACAAGGCAUUGUUCAGUACGAGAUAUUAACUAAACGACCAGCGCCAGUUCAUCUGAUGCGCCGUGUCAUUCAAGAGCAUUCUCUUGAACAUGGCUAUGCUCAUAGAUAG